AAUUUGAUAGAGUAGCUGAUUUAGAAAUUAUUAUUAUAGCGUCAAGACAAAACUUUUCCUUAUCUUGAAUAUGAAACUAAUUUUGUAUAGAAUUUAAGACUUUGAAAAACUGGUGCUUGAUAUUUUGUGUUGUCGUCAAUUAUCUAUCAUAUAUUGAAAAAUAACUUGGAUGUGAAUUGUCUCUUUUCAGGCGAUGGCCGAUUCUGAAGAUGAGUACGAUCGUAAACGGCGCGACAAAUUUCGUGGAGAACGGAGUUCUGGAGAUAGUUACCGUUCCGAUAGGCGAGAUGAUCGUCGUGGCGGUGGUGGAGUCGGAUCUGGCGUAAGAGAAGAAUGGCCGGAACGCGGAAAUCCCUUUAGAGGUGCAGGUAUAAGGCAAAGGCCGGAUUAUCGUGACUAUCGAGGACCCCGGGAUCGUUAUAUAUCACCCGGCAGAGAAAUGCCACCAGCCAAACGUAUGCGUCCCGACUGGGGUGAUGAUUUACGACCAAAUCCACGUUUCGGACCCUAUGAUCCCUAUCUAAUGCACGCCUGGAAUGAACAUUACGCUAACCAUGGAUUACACAGCGCCUACGGUCCGACGUUGCCACCACAUGGAGGACAUGGUGCGCGGGAACCGAUCGUUAAUGCCGACAUGCAAACUCAACCUGCAAUGAUGACUCUUAAACAAUUUCUUGACACGCAAGAUGAUGGUAUUUCCGAUUCAGAAGUUCUGCGAAAAUAUAGCGAAUACAAGUUGGAAUUUAAACGCCAACAACUGAAUGAAUUCUUUGUUGCACACAAAGACGAGGAAUGGUUUAAAAAUAAAUAUCAUCCUGUUGACAGCGUAAAACGUAAAGAAGAGCAGUUAAAUUUUCUGAAGAAAAGGGUAGAAGUUUUCGAUGAAUUAUUUCAAAAUGGUUGCAUUAAAAAAGUCUCUGUGGAUACCACACAAACGGAUCCCUUAUUACGUUUAUUAGACACAGUUGUCAUUAAACUUGAAGGUGGUACUGAUGAUGAUUUAAAAAUUUUGGAUGAGAAGCCUAAAGAAAUAACGUUUCCUGAACGUUUGCAAGAAAAAAAGAAUGACAAUGACGAUGUUGUAAUUAUCACAGCCGUGCAAAAUAAACGUGCGGAUGAUGAUGAACCAAAGUGUGUUUCACCGCAACCUAUGAGACGCGCUAUGACUGCUGAUGAUGAAGAAAACUGGGACGACGACGACGACGAACCAUCUCUUAACAAAAAAGAUCAGGUUUUAGAUGAAUUUGAGGAAACGAAGAAGAAAUCAUUGAAACGUAAACGUACCAGCUCAGAUUCGUCGUCUUCCUCUUCCUCUGAAUCGGAUUCAAGCAGCUCAAGUUCGGGCGAAGAGGAUGAUGAUGAAAAAGUUAAAGGUAAAUACGAUUUGGAGUCAAUUAAGAGCGAAUCGAUCGAAAAGGAUUUGAAAAUAAAGGAAGAAACGUCAGUUAAAGUCGACGAAGAACCCUUGGGCAGUAAUCCUGAUAAUAUGGAGAAAGAAGAGGACAAGACAGAAAAUGCCACUGAUGUUGAUGUCAACGUACGCUUAAGCCAAAGUGACAUUGUACCCCCAACAAAUAACAACAGUGAACAAAUAGCUGAAAACGAGAAGAAUAAAGAGGAACCUAUGUCUUCUCUGAAAGAAAAAGAUGAUUUAGAAGAAUGUAAGCCUCCAGCAGAGGAAUUAUCCAAGAAGGAUCAACCAGAAACAAUCGAUCUUGAUAAAGUUAAGGAGAGACCUCAGCCGAGAGCUUUGCAUCGAACAUCGUCUAUAUUUCUGCGAAAUUUGGCUCCGUCUAUUACUAAAGCCGAAAUAGAAGCUCUUUGCCAACGGUUCGAGGGUUAUUUACGAGUUGCUAUUGCCGAUCCAUUGGUUGAAAGGCGAUGGUACCGUCGUGGUUGGGUAACAUUCAAGCGUGACGUUAAUAUUAAGGAAAUAUGUUGGAAUUUGAACAAUACACGACUUAAGGACUGUGAGAUGGGCGCUAUUGUAAACAGAGAUCUUAGUCGCCGCGUACGCCCGGUAAAUGGAAUGACCGCUCACAAAGUCAUAGUACGCUCAGACAUUAAACUAUGUGCAAAGAUUGUGUUGAACUUGGAUGAGAAGUUCAGACUUUGGCAAAAGGAUACUACGGAAAGUGUGGGAGAUGCAUCUAAGAAUGAUUCCACAAAUGGCAACAACGACAACAACAAUGCCCAAGGUGCAGCUUCUUACGGUUUUAAAACAAAUAAUCCAGUUUUGCAAAAUAUUACCGAUUUUCUUAUUGAGGAGGCUUCUGCUGAGGAGGAAGAAUUGUUAGGAAUAACGGGUGAGAAUAAAGAUUGCGAUGGAGAAGCUAUUGAGAGAGAUCCUCAACUAAUACCAGUCUUGGAUACCCUUAUCUUAUAUUUGCGCAUCGUUCAUUCGGUGGAUUUUUACAAUCAUUGCGAAUACCCUUAUGAGGAUGAAAUGCCAAAUCGAUGUGGCAUCAUUCAUGCGAGGGGACCUCCACCCUCCAAGGUUGUGCAAAACGAUCUACAAGAUUAUAUUAAGAAUUUUGAAAACAAAAUGCAAACGUUUCUCGCUAAAUCCACAACCAUAGAAGAGGAAGAGUUAAAAAAUUUAGGGUGUAAAGAUGCAGAAGCAGAAGUGGAGAAGUUUGUUCAAGCUAAUACCCAAGAAUUAGCCAAAGACAAAUGGUUGUGCCCAUUAUCGGGUAAAAAAUUUAAAGGACCCGAAUUUAUUCGCAAACAUAUUUUUAACAAACACACCGAAAAGGUGGAUGAAGUUCGUAAGGAAGUGGAAUUUUUUAACAAUUAUUUAAAGGACCCAAAACGCCCGCAAUUACCGGAACACCCUGGUAAUACGAAAAGAGUUAAUUCCGAACCCAGUGGAGGUUUUAGACCGCCUAUGUAUCCGCCAGCGUAUGCGCCACCUUAUGCUGCCUACGCCCCACCCAUGAUGAUGCCGAGUCGUGGCCGCGGUUUUGGGGGACCCGGCCGCAGAGAACUUCCAAUUGAACAUCAGCGUCGUAUAAUCGGUUACCAUGACCUGGAUGCACCUGCAAACUUCGACAUAUUUGAUUAAACACACUUGGGAAAUGAAAUAAAAUAAUUGUCAAUAAUUAAUUAGCCCAAAAAAGGAGGAAGCCCUACUAGAUUCUCUGUUUGCUCGAACUUGAACAUGUAAUUGAAACGAAUUUGUCGCUUGGCAAUUUUUUUAAAAUACACAUUGACAUUGUGUUGC